AUGCCCGCCAAGCUCCAGAAGUGGUUCCAGCCCAGGUCUCAGAUCAUUGCCGGGAUCGGCGACUCGCUCGGCCUGAUCAAGGUACGCAAGCACCGGCAGCCAAAGUGCUCACACAUCCAGUUCCAGUUCGCCGAGCUCGAGCGGCUGACACGAUCGCAAGCUGGGACGGUUCGGCAGCUCGAGGCCACUAUCGACGAGUGCCAUGUGUCCUUGAGGGCCCAGAAGACAGAGAAGGAGGAGCAGGCCAAGCAAAUCGAGCAACUCAACCGCCAGAUCACGGACAUGAAGAGGCAGCUGAGUGAGGCGAAUGCCCAAAACCGUGCGCUGCAGGACCAGGCUGCGGCUUUUGAGCAGAGCAACCUGCUACACCAGCAGCAGCAGAGUCUGUACCAGCAGCAGCAGAACGAACGGCUGCACCAGCACCAGAGCCACCAUCACCAGAGCCACCUGCACCAGAGCCACCAGCACCAGGGCCACCAGCACCAGAGCCACCAUCACCAGGGCCACCAGCACCAGGGCCACCAAAACCAGGGCCAGCAGCAGCUCGCUGGACCGUCGCAAGGACUCAUGUUCGAGCGGGGACCACCUCAGUCCACUGCUAGGCCCCAAGACUACGAGGCCCCAGAUUUCGAGCCCAUGGGGCCACCUCCCUCCAAACGUCCUCGGCCUCAGGAUCCGUCACAAGGGUAG